CCCGUUUUCAGGGUCCCUAGUCGCCAUCGUCAACUCGUCAACUUCGCAUGCUCGUCGUCUUGAUCAAGGCACGCGCGAUGACGUCACGUUCGGACGUCCAAAGACGAAGGUCUUCGGCGACGCCGAGGCGAUUCCCGCAACGGCCGUCCUGACUUUUCACGGCACUUUCGGGCCCAUAAGAAUGAAAGUGUGGACGCCGUCUCGCGGCUCCCAGCUCGUCCUUAUCCGUAGCAAGGGAGCGCGCAUGGCAGGUAUUUGCAGGAUGUUCCAGUGGUUCCAGGGUCACACCCAGCCAAAGGUGCACCCGGGUCGCAAAAGCCGCCUGGUGACCAAAGAUGGCCGCUGCAACAUCGAGUUUGGCAACAGGGAGGCCGGCAAGCACCUGGCUUACCUGGUGGACAUGUGGACCACCUUUGUGGAGAUCCGUUGGCGCUUCGUGCUGCUUCUGUUCGUGGCGUCCUUCAUCGGGAGCUGGUUCAUCUUCAGCCUGCUGUGGUACUGGAUCGCCCGCAGCAACGGCGACAUGUCGGCGCCGCGGCGCAGCAACCACAGCAUGUGCAUCGCCAACGUCAACAGCCUGACCACCGCCUUCCUCUACUCGCUGGAGACGCAGACCACCAUCGGCUACGGCGGGCGGGCCCCGACGGGCCGCUGCGCCGGCACGGUGGCGCUCAUCAUCCUGCAGUCCAUGGCGGGCGUCUUCAUCAACAGCUUCAUGUGCGGCGUCAUCCUGGCCAAAAUCUCCCUGCCCAAGAGACGCGCCAAGACGGUGAGCUUCAGCGACGCCGCCGUCAUCUGCCUGAAGAACGGCAAGCUCUGCCUGCAGAUCCGCGUGGCCAACCUGCGCAAGACGCUCCUGAUCGGCAGCCAGAUCUACGGGAAGCUCCUCAAGACCACCACCACCGCCGACGGCGAGACCCUCAUCCUGGACCAGCUGGACAUCCACUUCACGGUGGACGCCGGCAAGGACAACCUCUUCUUCAUCUGCCCCCUCACGCUCUACCACGUGAUCGAGCGGGCCAGCCCCUUCUACGAGAUCUCGGCCGACACGCUGCCCCAUCAGGACUUUGAGCUGGUGGUCUUCCUGGACGGCACGGCCGAGUCCACCAGCUCCGUCUGCCAGGUGCGCACCUCCUACACCCCGCAGGAGAUGCAGUGGGGCCACAGCUUCCUGCCCAUCAUCUCGCGAACCAAGACGGGCAAGUACCGCGUGGAUUUCUCCAACUUUUCCAAAAGCGUGCGGGUGGCGACGCCGCACUGCGCCCGCUGCUUCGAGGGCAAAGCCGCCGCCGAGCUCCAGCUGCGCGACCAACACAAGAAGGACAAUCGCGUGAACCAGCACAAGAUCGGCAUCCACAACCUGGCCUUCCAGGGCGCGGACGUUCACGACGCCGCAGAUGUCACCAAGAUGUGAAGGCCUCGUCCUUCUCGCGUACGGAGGAGGAAGCCCUAACCCCCCCAAAAAAAGGUACGCAAAAAUCGGCCCAGGGACCAUCUGGUCAGAUUUAGGACCAGGUCCGGGGUCAAACUCGACAGGCAGUGAACAUUCUUAUCCGUCACCCGAAUAAGUCCAACUAAAACCGGAAACGACUUUGACCGCCUCACGCGAGAUCUGUCACGAAAUCGUUCUAUCGAGCGACGAGUUUGCCAACUUGGUCCUGUUCCACAAGGAUUUGCAUUUAGAAUCUGGUCACGCAAGAUUUUCCAGCCAAAUAUUUCGCCCGAGAUAUUUAGAGUGACUCAUUCGGGGCCGAACUCUGAAAGUUCCUCAGCAAUGAAAAGGGGCAUUCAUCGUGAACGGCACAGCGGGUUCCUCCUGAGAAGAUUAACGUCUGAGUCGCUUUUAAUAAAAAAAAAACUGCACUGUGUG